AGCUUCAUUUUAAUCUGUCAAACUCUGCGCUUGCUGUCCAUCCGCUAUAAUCGUCUUUACCUAGUGUAAUAAUUGUAUAAUAUUCAACGAUUUGCUGAUAAAAGUGACCAGGAGUAGAGCUAAAUAAUGAACACCGAAGAGGAAGAGCAACAGCCUACGAGAUGUAACUGUGAGCAGCGUACGCUUGCCGCAAGACUGCUUUUACAGCAGAUCGAACGUCUCUUUCAACUUCCCGGAUGUGAACAAGUGAAUCGUACAAUGGUGCCAGCCGUAACAGCUAACCCUGCGCCUAGGAACUACUACACUCAGGAAUCAAUUUUACCCUAUCUGAGUAAAAUUAAAGAAUUCCGUCACGAUAUGGAUGAGCCGGUCCCGUUUGCCGAAUACCACGCUAAGUACAAACAACUGCUCGAGGGCAACGCUACGCUGAAAAACCGUGUCUUGCAACAGCGGGGCGUAGUAGAGUACGAGAAAUAUCUCAGCUCCCGUUCGCAAAUCCCGUUUGCCGAAUGGUACGCUGAGUACAAACAACUGUUUGAGUGUGAAGCGCAACAGCUGAGCAACAGUGCCAAGGUGGAUUUGCUCAUGAAAAAACUGGGCCCUGUAGAGUUGAAGAAAUAUCAAAGCUUCAUCUUGCCACGAAAACCGCAUGAUAUAGAUUUUGCAACCACCGUCAACAACUUAAAGAUUCUAUUCCGAUCCGGGCAGACAAAGCUAAACAAAUGGACCGAGUGUCUGGAGCUGGCGAAAGCCCCUGCGGAGGAUCUUACCACCUUUGUGGAGCGGGUGAAUAAAACGACCAAAAAAGCUGAGCUAUCUCCACUGUCGGGGGAACAAUUCAAGUGUCUUAUGUUCGUGCGUGGCCUCAAGUGCAAAGGGGACGAAAGGCUGCGCACACGGCUGAUGGCUAUGAUGGAAGAGCGCGAAGAUGUCACCCUGGCACAGCUUACGGAGGAGUGCGGGAAGCUUAUGGACAUUCAAAGCACUAGUGCUGUAAUUCGAGGACAGCAGCGAAAUGGCAGCCAAGCCAGUGGGCAACGACACGACAUUAAACGUAUGCGCCAUGACAAUUGAUUCUUGUAGGCUAUGUCGAACGGGAGGCAAGGGCGUAGCAAUAUAUACCUAGUGGCGGGGUGUUUUAGUAUCGCAGCAACAACAGGUCUUCAGCGUGGCACAGAGUAAGGAACAAUCACUCUGCAAAACAACAAAUUCACUAAUAGAGCGAUUGCUCAACGUUUCAAGAAGAAGAUAUAGGAAAUGAUGCCUUAACAAUGCAACCACACAUCAACGCCGACUGACG